GAUUCCGAUAUUUGCUUGUGCAUGAUUAUCAUUCUACACUUGUACACACAAUCAUCCAACAAACAAAUAAAGCAAAACAAAUAAAUAAAUAAACAGACCGAACAAAACUACCACACUAGUCAUCAAGAUGGAAAUGGACUUGGAAAUUUCGCCCCACGCCGGACAAUCAGAGGUUCAUACUCAAGUUCCUACCUCGCCUCACUUUCAAAACCCCAUGCAAUAUCUUCAUGGCGCAUGCAGUCACUGCUAUCGCGAUGAUGGAGUGGAUAUUCGAGACAAACAACUAGUUCCGUGUUAUCAAGAUGGAGAACUGGAUCCUUUCACUCUUUUCUUACUGACUCCUAGAUGGUGUGUAGAUUGUUUGUCUCAGCGAGAACUGGCGAUUCGGGCUUCAUAUUGUGAUCGCUUGAUCGAGAUGGAAUCGGUGGAGUUUCCGGUCGGUACCGUGGAGGAGGCUUAUAUUCGUGGUGUUCAUGAUGGCCGAAUUAAUGCCUUAUCUCAAUCAUUCGAAGAUUGUGGAGUAUACUCGACUGGAGACAACAGUCUUGUCGUUGAUGAUUUCAACGAAGUGUUGGACACAUUGACCAAUAUGAGGCUCGGAACUGAUACAGCCAAUGAAGAUAAAAAGAUCGAAGAAAUCGUCCGAGAUUUCAACGAUCAGAUGAUGCUAGAGGAGGACGAACUUAAGUACGAAGUUUAUUGGCACUUAGCAUACAUGGAAGGAACGAAAGAUGGUUGUUAUAUGCAAGCACAGAUGGAGUACAAGGCACUAACGAUGGAUGAUCCGGAAAGGAGUGAAAUGCUGAGGAGAGCUGUGCUUUGAUGAUUGACCUAGUGGUUAUUAGAGAGUUGGGAGCGUUUCGGCACCAGUAUUUUUUUGUAGCGGGGUAUAUGGAAUGGUUUUUUGAGUUGGGUCUGAUCCUGGAGUUAAAGGGACCUGAGCAUCUUUGUAUCUGGGGAAGUGCCUCGUGCACCAACCUUAUCGAUUGCGAUUGAUAGAGUCAUGGGCGGUGUCCGUGACUUGGAAAAAUCGACAAGAAUACCAAGGACA